AUGUCGAAUUAUCAAAAAGAAGACCACAAACAAAAAACUGCGCGGCGAUCAAGAUUCGGCUGCCGGAAUUGCAAGCUCAGGAAAGUGAAGUGUGACGAACACAAGCCCAGCUGCAAGCGAUGUAAUUCAUUCGGAGUAUUAUGCAAUUUCAAAUCUAAUAUCCAAGACCUGCAACCCAUCGCCAGACCAUUGCCCGUUCAAGAAAAAGUGGAGAUUGAACCCGUUGUCAGCAGUGCUGUCUGGACAUGCGACGAUUCCACAAUCUACCAACUGAGCGCCAAAUGUCAAGAUUUUAUCUCCCGGUAUUAUGGACGAAGUCUCACUAUACCCGAUGACCCGAAUGCGAUACACGUCAAUCGCAAACUCCUCAAUCUGGCCUUCGCUUACCCUUUUUUAAUGCACGCCUCUCUAGCGGUAGCAUAUACAUACGACCGCUAUCUGAACGGCUCACCAGGAUGUCGCCGCAGUAUAGAAGAAUGCUAUCACUGGUCUCAAAGCACGACACUUCUCAACAAACGCUUGGGAGAACCGAUUAAAGAGAACGACAAGGAUCCAAUCUGGGGCACUGCAGCUGCGUUGGCCGUCUUGACCUUCUCGUCCCCCGACGCAUGCACAGCGGAAGAUUCAUGGCCUUUAAUCUCCUCUGCAACAUUUGAUUUGGACUGGCUACGUAUGAGCAGGGGCAAAAUGGCACUCUGGCAUGUGGUGAAUCCACUUCGACAAGAGAGUAUUUUCUCCAUCAUGGCGGGAACAUAUGCUGACAUGCAUUCGCCUUUGCCUGAGAGGGGGACUGAUGGUAUACUAAAACCCUUGACUGGUAUAUGUCUCCUCGAUGAUUCAUCGACAGCAAAAAACAAUCCAUAUUUCAAUGCCGCCCACGGAUUAUCUCACAUUUUGAACACCCCGGAUAGCAAGAUCACAACAGGUCAAACUCAACUGUUCACUGGUAGUAUCCAUGGCGAAUUUGAAAUCUUGCUUCGGAAAAGGGACCCUGUGGCCCUAUUGCUGCUGUAUCUGUGGUACCGCAAAGCAUGCCGCAGUAUAUGGUGGAUUGAGCUCAGAGCUCGAGUGGAAUGUCCCUCUAUUUGCGCGUACCUGCGACUAUGUCACAAAGGAAAUGUUGCAGUACAGGCAUUCCUUCCGGAUGGUGCUCUUGCAGAUAGAUGGAACACAAUAAUCUAG